GCACACCCAGAGUGCCGGGAGGCUGGUUUCCUGUUUGUCCAGGCUGAGGCCGUUCACAUGGGCACACACCAGAAGUGACAGCAAUGAAGCAAUGGGUGUGUUACGAUGAGAUCAGCUGAUGAGAGAGGAAAAUUGAAGUGAGGAGAGCACUACAGGCGAGUCCUGAAUGCUGAGGCUCACGGACACACAGGACGGGGCAGGAGAAGAGAAAGCCGAAAAGGCGAACAAGGAGAAGCAGACAGAUAGGAGAAAUCCAGGACGACAUGGUGUCACAGAGCCAAAGGGCGGGACUGGAGAAGAAGCGGGGUGUGGUCUCUCGUGCCAGAUGCUGAAAAGUCAGACUUACAUCAUUCCAAAAUGGCAUCUUCCUUUUAUCGAGUUUUCUUAGUUGUUAGCCUCUGUGUACCAAUCUAUGGUGUGUCCCCAACCUGUCCCCCCAGCAGAAGACCCCCCCCACUUUCCUCUACAAAGAGCACCCCCGUCACCCAGGUGUCUUCCAGCAACACCGACUUUGCCUUCCGCCUCUACCGGAGGCUGGCUUUGAAGACCCCGAGUCAGAACAUCUUCUUCUCCCCCGUGAGUGUCUCCACUUCUCUGGCCAUGCUCUCCCUUGGGGCUCGCUCAGCCACCAAGACCCAGAUCUUCCAGAGCAUGGGGUUCAACCUCACACACACGCCAGAGUCCGCCAUUCACCAGGGCUUCCAGCAUCUGGUCCGCUCACUCAGUGUGCCCAGCAAACACCUGGAUUUAAAGAUGGGGAGUGCCCUCUUUAUCAAGAAAGAGCUACCGCUGCAGAGAAAUUUCUUGGACAAUGUCAAGAAGCUGUAUGACUCGAGAGUCUUUUCUAUAGAUUUCUCCAACACCCCCACCGCCCGGCAGAGGAUCAACAGCUAUGUGGAGAAGGAGACCAAAGGGAAGAUUGUAAACUUAAUCCAAGACCUUGAACCUCUGACAGCCAUGGUCCUGGUGAACCACGUUUUCUUUAAAGCCAAGUGGGAGAAGCCCUUUAACCCUCUGUAUACGAGUAAAUAUUACCCAUUCCUGGUGGACAAGAGGACCACUGUGAAGGUCCCAAUGAUGCACCAGAUGGAGCAAUUUGCUUUUGGGGUGGAUUCGAAGCUGAAUUGCUCUGUGCUGCAGAUGAACUACAGUGGAGACACCGUGGCCUUCUUUGUCCUCCCUGACCAGGGCAAGAUGAGGCAGCUGGAACAGGCCUUGUCGUCCAGGACACUGAAGAAGUGGAGCCACUCACUCAAGAAGAGGUGGAUAGAGGUAUUCAUUCCAAAAAUUUCCAUUUCCACCUCCUAUGACCUGGAAACCAUCCUCCCGAAGAUGGGCAUCCAGGAUGCCUUUGACCAAAAUGCUGAUUUUUCUGGAAUCACAAAGAAAGGCUUCCUGCAGGUUUCCAAAGUUGCCCACAAGGCUGUGCUGACUGUCAGUGAAGAGGGCACCGAGGCUGCAGCAGCUACCGCUACCAAGCUCACGAUCCGGUCAAAGGAUGUCUUCCCUCACUCCACCAUCUGCUUUAAUAGGUCCUUCUUGAUGCUAAUUUUCAACAAAGCCACAGAGACCGUGUUCUUCCUAGGGAAAGUUGAAAAUCCCACUAAAUUCUAGUUGUGAAAAGGCCUGCUGAUGGCUGAUAUCUUGACAAUGCACAGGAAAUAACAAACUGCAUUGCCUGAUGCUCCCGGUGUAGCAUUAGGACAUGUGCUCUCUUGUUCUGAGGGUCCCCCUGACCCCAGCAGAGCUGUAGUCUCCAUCCAAAUGCCACUGUUGAGUCUCAAUCAUCAAAAGCCAGCAGAGAUGUGGGUUACAAACCAAAGCCCAUGAACCCCAGUCAAUGCCCUUUUCCACAAAUCUCCCAGGUAACUAGCUCCAUGGAGUGUUUCUGGGUUGACAUAUUUCCAUUCCUUAAAGCCCUGGGGAAUGGUAACAUAUGGGCCAGUCACCUUUAUUGAAGAAUUACAGUAAUAAAUUCAAUAAACCUAAAAUGUGGAUUUCGCCAGUAACAGUGCUCCCACAUGCAUCCAGCAUCAUAAUUUGAAAAUAGUUUAUUGGCUAACUCACAGUGACCAGGUUGUCACGAUGUGACAUUUCAGUGGCUGCAUGAAUUCAUCCAUGCAUUCAACCAAAGCAUAUUGAGUACCUAAUAUAUGCUAGGAAUAAAUCAGACAGACAACGUUCCUGGCUUAUUGGACCAACAUGGGGGUAACAGACCACCACCAUAACAAUAAAACCAACCCUAUAAAUAAAUGUGAGUAUUACAGGUUAUGGUAAAGGCUGUGAAGGCAUCGACUAGGUGAUUGGGGGGGUAAUGGGGUGGUGAGAAGGUGUUUCUGUGAGCACAAAGGCUGAGUCAGGAACAAGCAGUCACAUUGGAGAGACAGAAAGAGGCCCUUGUGUCUGCAAUGGUAGAACCAAAGUCGGAGAGAUAUAAGGUCAGAUCAUGUAGGAUGUUGUUGGCCAAAGAAAGGAGUCUGGGUUUGGUGGGAGGUGCCAUGAAACCAGCUGAGUUUCUCAAACAGAAAGGUGAAACAUUAAUGUAUAGGUGGUAAAGACCUUUCUGAGUACAUGCAUUGGUUUUCCACCCAGACUUUGUCAAGGCUGGCUGCUGUCCUGGCUCUGGCACUGUCACAUACACACACACAACCCUCUGGGUGGUCAGCCUCCUCCCUACUGGUUUGGAGUGACAAUGGCCUGGCUCUCUUACUCAGAGUUACAAAUGAUGCAGUGGGCCACAAGGGUACCAGGCAAGGCUACUCUGCCCUCCUUCCCUCACCCUCUGCCAAAUGGGCUGUUCUGGCUCCUCCCACUUCACCUUUCAUUAUCAAGGUGUCUUCUGCAGCCUCUGGUGCAGUGGAGGUCCCACUCCCAUCAGAUCCAGAUACUCCUUUUGUGGGGCAAGGGGCUGGUACCCCACACCACCUCAGAUGUGCUGGGGAACUUACAUUGGCUUUUUGAAGCUCUUUUGCACAGAAAGAAAGAAAAGAGAAGGGAGUGCUGCUAGAGAGCUAUAGAAGCUUCAAGGGAAUCCCCACACUGCCACCUUAUUUCUGAAUAGGAGAACAGAGACUCAAAGGAUGAGAACAGUUACCCCAGGCCACAGGGAUACCCUAGGCAGAAUGAAACCCAGGACCAAAGCUCAGAUGUUGGGGCUCCAAUGCUGAUUCUUUGAUUGUGCUACCUGUACCAAACUUCAUUUUAUGCAUGAUGAUCUGCCCUCGGGCAUGCCAUAAAAGUCACAGUGCCUCAGAAGCUCCCAUAAGACUGUCAGUUGAUUUCUCAACAGACACUUUGCAGGCCAGAAGGGAUUGGCAGGAAACAUUCAAAGUUAUGAAAAGUAAGGACCUAUAACCAAGACUACUCUACCUAGCAAAGCUAUCAUUUAGAAUCAAAGGACAGAGAAAAGGCUUCCCAGACAAGAAAAAGCUAAAGGAGUUCAUCACCUCCAAGCCAGUAUUACAGUGAAUGGUAAAGGGGCUUCUUUAAGAAGAAAAAGAAAAAGAAAGAUAAAAAAUAUGAAUAAUAAAAUAACAAUAACUACACAUCAACAUUUUCAAUAUAAAGGUGUUAAAUAGUUCAAUCAAAGAUAUUGGAUGGCUGAAUGGAUAAAAAAAACAAGACCCUUACAUAUGAAGUGAAGAGACUCACUUCAAUUGAAAGACACACAGACUGAAA